AUGGCCCAAGUUAAUGAAGGCAAUGAGCCUGGCCCCAGAACCCCAAGGCCCAAUGUGAACCGCCGCUGGCAGAACUCUCCGAAUUGGCGCUCAAAGGACUCCGCCGAACAACAAACCGAGCAACGCGGAUCCGGCUCGAGAUGGGAGAGGGACUCCCGACCUCCGCAGCCCAGCUUCAAUCGCACCAACCCCAGCCACAGGGAUUCCAACCGUGAGCAGCCUACGAACGCUGCCCGCCCUUCCAACAGGGGUUCCGAAAACAGUGCCAAUGUCCUGGUGGCGGCCCCCGAUGUUCCCGCUUCGUUUGCCGAAGGAAGACGGCUGUACGUCGGUAACAUGCCAUAUAUGGCCAAGAAGGAGGACGUUGAAGCGUUAUUCAACAGUGCUACAAAGCACGGAGAGGGAUAUUAUCAAAUAGAGCGGAUUGAUAUCUCGAUUGACCCCUUCACUGGGAGAAACCCUUCGUUCUGCUUCGUCGAACUCGCCAGCAAGGAACAGGCAACCCAUGCCAUGGAAGAGCUGGACGGCAGGGAUAUGCUCGGACGCCCGGUGAAGAUCAAACCAGGUAUUCCGAAAUCACCAAAGCCUCAAUUUGGUAGGCGAGACCCUUCAAGUAAAGAAGACGAGCGGCCGCGGCCAUUCAUAUUCGAUCGUUGGGGAAGAGAUGAUGCCUCGAGCCACUGGUACGGCGUUGCCGACGAAGGACGUCGUCUCUUUGUCGGAGGUCUACCCAGAAUGCCAAAUCAAGCUACGGCAGAUUAUGAGAUUCAGAAGUUAUUCUACGGCUUCAAAAUUGAAGCAAUCAGUAAAGUCAUAUCACCGCAUCCCUCCAAACGAUCGCAACCAGGAAACCAUUAUUUCCUCUUCGUCGAUCUCGAAUCCGCUGAAGAGGCCGACAGAGCCAUCAAAACCCUGGGUGGUGUGAGCGCCGUGUGGGGGAGUCCACUCCACAUCAACAAGGCUCGGGGUAACUCCCAGAAGCCAGCGGAAAGGGAUAAAUGGGACGAAGGUAAACCGGGAUCGACUGGUCGCCAGAAUUGCGAGGAAGGAAAUUCAGCCAGGUCUCAAAAUUGGCGCACCCCCGUGCAACCUGAAGAUAAACCAGACACUACCACCACCACCAACAUUACCACGACUCCAGACACACUCUCGUGA